CUCGUCUCGUGACAACAGGAAGCAGCAGUGACACUGAAGAUGCGGCUGCUUGCUGUGUCUCUUAAACUUCAAACAUCUGUAUAAUUCCCAUCCCACAGAAGCACACAAUGACUUCUAUCAUAAAGGAAACACAAAGCAUAAAGGAAGCCGUGACUUUCAUAAACGCGAUUGAUGUGAACAAGUUCUCCAGGCUGAUCUCCCGCAUCAUACAAAAGCUGCAUCUGAAGGGAGAGCGCACAUUCAGUGAAGAAGAGGAGCAAAAACUCCAGGCUGCACUUUCUUUGGAUAAAAAUGCUCUCAAUCUGGUCCUGGAAACCGCUGCCUUCAUCCUGGAGCAGGCAGUGUAUUAUAACGUAAAGCCGGCGUCUCUGCAGCAGCAGCUGGAGUCGCUUAACCUCAACCCGGACAAGGUUGAGGUGUUUUCUCAAACCUGGGCCACUGCUGGACCUGAGCUGGUGGAGAAGCUAAAGCAGAAUAUCUUUUCCCCUAAGAAGCUGGAGCACGUCAGCUGGCAGUUGAACCUGCAGAUGGCUCAGUCCAGCCACGCCAGGCUGAAGUCUCCCAGCGCCAUCCUCCAACUGGGGCUCCGCAGUGAAGACUCUGAGGUCCAGGAAAACGUCUUUGUCGAGUUUAACCACCAGGAGCUGCUUGACUUCUACAACAAGCUUGAGACCGUGCAAGGACAGUUGGACUCCCUAACUUGAUGCCCACCCACACACACACACACACACACACACACACACACACACACACUGUUGACAGUUGGAAACGCUGUUCUUGCGCUGAUUCAUUAAAGUAAAGUGUCAAAUUUGAAGCUAGACAUCAUUUUUCUCUUUGGAGCUCCGGAGAAUCCAGGUUUGUACCCGUUACCCAGAGUUCAUUGUCAAGAUGCUGAUUGUGUUGAAUUUUCUACCGUGAGAAAUCAUCGUCUACGUUGUCAGUGGUAAUUGUACUUAAUCACGUUUCUUUGUAACAUUUUCUCGCUCAUAGAUGAUUGAAAUGUGCCAGAAGUCAGUAUUUUCGAAAUGUCAUUUGUACCAAUAGAAAAGGAAAAACAUGUGAGAUUAAAAGUCAAAAUGUUAUGUGAUAUGAAACAAAUUAAUUUUGUAACACGUACACUGAGUUACACUCAAUACAAUUGAAUAAAAUCUGAAGUUG